AUGUCGAUGAUCUAUUUUGCUAUUGGCACAUUAUUUCUUGCAUUAAGAAUUUUAGCUUCACUUCCACCAGCUGUUGUUUAUUCAGCUGCUAUCUAUAAUGCACAAGAUUCACCAAUUCAGUGUAAUGUAAUAUGGUCUCAGCCAUCAGGUCCUACAUUAGAAAGUGGUUUAUUUCCUAUUGAACAGCAUGAAAGUUAUUCAGUUAAGGAGAAAAUAAUUAAAAUGGAAACAUGGGAAGCAAAUGCAAUAAUAGAAGAAAUUCAUUGUGGAAAGUUAGUACUUAAGGCUGCAUUUGAUAAAGUUACGUCACCACAAAAAAAUUGGCUAUUUCGUGUUGAACAAGAUGCAAUUGUCUCAGUUGGACCAAGUUCAUAA